AUGUCAGGGAGCAAUGUUACUAAGAUAUCCGUCUACAUGCAGCAAGUUGAGGAAAAGAAGAAGAAAAUUACUGAGUCCAGGGAGAAGGAAAGGCAGGAAAAGAGAGCCAAGACAGCUGACCAGAUUCACUUUGAUAGACGAUCCCAGAGUUUUCAGACUAAUCAUGUAUACAGGGCCAGGAUACCCAGUCACAGGGAAGUGUGGCACAGCAGCAUCGUACUUUUUGGUGAUAUGAGACUUGCGGUAAGCAUCAUCCGGGAAGGUGUCAGCUACAUGCAUUUAUGUGUUAUUCUUGUGGUCAGACGGGUCAUAUUUAGAGGGACUGCCCUUCGACUACAAGGAGUGUUGCAGGUGCCAAGUCUCAGGCAAACUCUUCUGCACCCCCCCCCCCAAAAGGGCACCAUUUCAGUUGCCGGGAGCAGUUAUAACCAGUUGUACGCCUUGACCAACAUCCAGGAGGCAGAGGCCUCACUAGGUGUAGUGACCGAUACAUUGCAAACAUUUUCUCGUGAUGUAUAUGUAUUGCUUGAUCUCAGGUUUACCUUAUCCUAUGUGAUCCCGUAUGUGGUUAUUGGUUUUGGGUUUGAGCCCGAUGUGAUUGCUGAGCCUUUUUCUAUUGGUGGGGAUUCUGUUAUGGCUAAGAGGGUAUACAAGAAUUGUGUUGUAUCUAUUUGUAGCUAA